CGAGAACCCUCCCGUCAUCAUCCUAGCCUGUCUCCCUCUUUUCAUCUUCCUCGUCCUUCCUUUCCGCUCUGCAGUUUCUGCGAAUUCCCGAACCGAAGCGAGCGAGAAGCCAGCAUGAUCAGCAUUCUAGCUCGGGAGCGCCUGCUUGGGGCUGCCCUGGGAGGCACGCUCGCCGGAGCGAUCGUACUCGAGGAACGGAAGAGGAUAUACCGGUCCGUUUCCGACGACCGGUCCCGCCUCGCCGCCCACGCUCAGACGAGAGAGCCGAUAUUUGGAAGAGAAUUUCGGUCAGAAUUCGCACACCUGUGGAACAAGUCAGUGGAUAGGACGUUGCGACCUGUAAUUGAGUAUCUUAGCUCUCGUGGGUGGUAGAAAAAUCUGAGUUCUUCUCCCAAUACAUGGAAUUUCAUAAAUUUUUUUGAAAUAACUUCUGUAAUGUCCUUCCUAUUUUUGUAUCUCUCCAUUUCCUCUUUAAUGGACCUGCUUCUUCAGCUAGGCCCAUCGGAUAUGAACCUGGUUAUAGUUUUCCCUGUGCCAAUAUCACUUCGAUGCUUUUGUCUUUCUCUUUUUCCUCAUUGUAUCAUUAACGAGGUUGAAACUGAAUCCUUUGGACCUUCCAUUUCAAUUCACUGAAUUGGCUUGUGAAUC